AUGUCAAAACUGCCUAUUUUCCUGGUUUUUCAAAGUGGACGAGGAGGAUUCGAAAACGCCACGUGGCAAUUUAUUGCUGGCCUGUCUUAUUGCACUUUUAUUGAAUGGCAUGUUUUUGCAAAAUGUUUUGGUGAUUGUGAUUUCGGUGAAUCGAUUUACGUUGAUUUUUUUGAUGCGAAGAGCGGAAGAGGUGGGAAAAUUUUUGAAUUUUGAAAACAUAUAUUUUCAGCACUGGAAUCGUUGGCUUCCCUUCGUUUUCCCGGCUCUUUUCCUCCUCCCAUUCUAUUUCACCUAUCCAAUUUUCACCAAAAAUGCCUAUUUUGUGUAUUCGAAUUCAAGUGACAGCUAUAGUGCUUUUGCUGAAUACAACACUCAAAACAUCUGGCUUUUUCUCGAAUAUUUUAUGGGAUUCUCUACAAUUGUUUCGGCGAUUUUGAAUUUUUCCUGCUUUUUUCGACUGUUUUUGAUGGCGCAACGGGUUUCGAGUGGCGAGAAAAAUAUGUUGGUUUUCUCGUUUGUCUCGCUGCUUUCACAGACUUUUGCAUUGGUGUCUUUGGUGAGAAAAUUAAAAAAAAUGUUCGCAUCGAGUGUCGAACUUGGGUAUCUCACUCGCCAGCAAAACGCUCUACCACUGCGCUACGCGCGUUUUCUUUAGAAACACAUCAAAUGUUGAUGAAAAAGUGAUUUCCCCCGCUUUUUUCCAGAUCCUAAUGUCAUUGUACAUCUAUUCGCCAACUGA